CAAGGUGUCGGUAUAAUUCCCCGCAAAUCGAGGCAGCCGGAGUCAUUUGACUUUUAUUCGCCGAGCUGAUCGAUCACGCCAGAGAAGGCACAUUUUUCCCGUGGAACGCUUUUCUUUUUCUACCAACACUAUUCUCUGCCGCCAAUCUACUUUGAUACCCGUGCGAUUUUAUUAGGCUGCGAGUCAUCCGCUGUGCUGAGUGAACAGUUUUUGUGGGCGUGAAAAGGCAGCAGCCGGAAAAUGAGCGAGAGCCCGAAGGAAGGACGAAGGGUGCGGGUCUGGUGCGAUGGAUGCUACGACAUGGUGCACUUUGGCCACGCGAACGCCCUGCGCCAGGCCAAGGCACUGGGUGACAUCCUGGUCGUGGGCGUGCACACGGACGCGGAGAUUGCCAAGCACAAGGGGCCGCCGGUGUUCACCGAGGAGGAGAGGUACAAGAUGAUCAGGGGCAUCAAGUGGGUGGACGAGGUGGUCGAGGAUGCGCCCUAUGUGACAAAUCUCGAGACACUCGAUCAGUAUGAUUGCGCCUUUUGUGUGCACGGAGAUGAUAUCACAAUGACGGCGGAUGGCGUGGACACAUAUCACUUGGUGAAGGAGGCAAAGCGAUACAAGGAAAUCUCACGCACGGCUGGCAUUUCGACCACUGAUCUCGUGGGCAGGAUGCUCCUGAUGACACGGAAUCACUUCCGCCAGGGCAAUGAGGAAUACUCAAUAGAGAAAGAAGAAAAAUUGAAGAUGUUAUUGGAAAAGUAUAACAUUUGUGAUGACUUAGGUUCAUCUCGAAUGGGCCAGGAUCAUUCGGCGCGCAGCCCAUGGACGGGAUGCAGUCAAUUUUUGCCAACAACACAGAAAAUCAUUCAAUUCAGUGAUGGAAAGGCGCCGAAACCGGAUGAUAAAAUUGUUUACGUGGCCGGAGCCUUUGAUCUCUUCCACGUGGGGCAUUUGGACUUCCUGGAGAAGGCCAGGGAGAAGGGCGAUUACCUGAUUGUGGGUCUGCACACGGAUCCUGUGGUGAAUGAGUACAAGGGCAGCAAUUAUCCCAUCAUGAAUCUCCACGAGCGCGUGCUCAGCGUGCUCGCCUGCAAGUACGUGAAUGAAGUGGUGAUUGGGGCGCCGUACGCUGUGACGAAGGACCUCAUGGAGCACUUCAAUGUGAGCGUUGUGUGCCAUGGACAGACGCCAAUCGCCCUCGGCGAGGGACAACUCGAUCCGUAUGCCGUGCCCAAGAUGAUGGGCAAAUUUUUCCUCCUCGAUUCAGGAAACUUAAUGACAACUGAAAAAAUUGUGGAGCGCAUUAUAAAACAUCGUCUUGAGUAUGAGCAGAGGAACAACAAGAAGGAGAAGAAGGAGUUGGAGGCUUAUGAGGCAUCGCAGAAGUUGAAGAUGACUCAGAAAUCUGGCUAAGUCUCUCUGCAUUCCGCAUUUCUAGUCUUUAUUUUUAGCGGAUGCUAAAAAAGAGACAAAAUUCCCUGUUUUUCUUUUCGUACAAAAAAAAUACCCUUUUUCUGUCAUAUCUGUUGUGUGUUGUUUCCUGACAAAAUUCCAGAGUGUUGCUAAAUAGCUAUUUUUUUUAUAGCGCGUAGUUUUUUACAAUCUUGCUGAAGAAAGAGAGAAAGAAAGAAAUAAGAUGCAACCAUUGCUCUAUUUAUAGGGUUUGUGAAUCUUGUGUGGGGAAAAAUUUUGUAUGUGAAAGGAGAGAAAAAACCUCUGUGGAUGAAAAAGCUUUUCUGUUAUAAAAAAUUUUGCUUCUAUUCUCAAAUAUUUGAUGUGAAUUUUGAUAUCUUUCAUGACUGAAUUGAUACCAAAGCUCGAGAGAGUUAGAAAGCCAUAAAAUAUAUUCAAUGUAACUCUAAUAAGAAUUAAAUAAAUUGUGCAUCACAAGAUAUUCCAAUGUUGAACGAAAAAUGGUGUAUAAAAUAUACUUAAAAGCUUAA